UUUGCCAUGGAAAACUUCACAGGAACAGAAGAUUAUCAGAGAGAUUUCAACCCUAGAGUAUACCUGGAUCUGUAUUAUCGAAACAGCUGUCAAAACAAUGAAAUCUUAAUGUUUGCACUGAGAAAUCUGCAUAAGACCUUUCAUUUAGGUGAUGUUACAGGUACCACACUGAUUGAUAUUGGUUCUGGUCCUACAAUCUACCAGAUACUUGCAGCCUGUGAAAAGUUUACAGAUAUCAUCUGUACGGAUUAUACAGACUCCAAUCGCAGGGAGCUCGAGAGUUGGCUGAAAAACGACCCAGGUGCCUUCAACUGGAGGGCAGUUAUUGAAGCAGCUUGUGAAAUAGAGGGGAACAGGGAGAAAUGGAUAGAGAAACAGGAAACGGUACGAAAAGGAGUUAAACGGGUUUUGAAAUGUGAUGUGACAAAGAGUAACCCAGUGGAGCCUUUAGUACUCCAGCCGUCUGACUGUCUGAUCACCUCACUGUGUCUAGAGGCAGCCUGUAAAGACACGCCAACAUUCCGCUGUGCGCUGAAAAACAUCACCUCCAUGAUCAAACCAGGCGGACACUUAGUCAUGAUUACGGUCUUACAAGAGACUUUCUAUAUGGUCGGUGAGACAAAAUUCUCCUGCUUGUACCUGGAAAAAACAUCAGUGGAAGUUGCUGUAAAGGAAGCUGGCUGUUCUAUUAAAUACACUGAAAUAUGUCCUCUCUCUGCUGAUCAAACUGCAGAUUGUACAGCUGUACUGUUCCUUUUAGCUAGAAAAAAUAAUAUAGUGUAACAUUCUCUGUCUGCAAGUGGAAAAGGUCUAAUACUGCAUUCAAUAAAGGGGAUAUAUACUCAUUUUGUAACAUGAUUUCAUAGCAUAAUAAAAAGCAAUUACAAGU